GCAGCAGAUCGCACAGCCGAGGAUCGAGACAUUGCGAGAUAAGAAGGAGCAGACACCCAACUUAUCAAGAUGAACGAACAGGUUUGCCACUGCGGUUGGACCAAACGUACAACUUACCACGGCUUGAGAGUUCACCAGGGAAUGAAGGGAUGCACGCCAAAGGGAAUGAGGAUCCCUCAAAGUGAACAAUCCAGGUUCUCCCAUAAACUGAGCUACAAUGAACCUCAAAUCAAAAUAGAAGAGCCUUUUGAGGAUUACUUCAAGAGAUCUGUCUUUGAGACUCCACAGCGCUCUCAUCAAACUACUGAACUUCAAGAUUCGAGAGCUCGUAAUUUUCUGCAAUCUUCUAUCGGUGGACAGCAGACACCCAACUUAUCCAACAUGAACGAACAGGUUUGCCACUGCGGUUGGACCAAAUAUACAACUUACCACGGCUUGAGAGUUCACCAGGGAAUGAUGGGAUGCACGCCAAAGGGAAUGAGGAUCCCUCAAAGCGAACAAUCCAGGUUCUCCCAUAAACCGAGCUACAAUGAACCUCAAAUCAAAACAGAAGUGCCUUUUGUGGAUGACUUCAAGAGUUUUGUCUUUGAGACUCCACAUCGCUCUCGUCUAACUACUGAACUUGAAGAUUCCAGAGCUCGCCGAGUUCUGGACUUUUCUAUUGGUGGACAGCAGUUAAUACAAGUAGCUGUGGACGUGAAGCUGGACCCGGCGACCGCACACCAAAGACUUGAAAUUUCUGAUAAUGGAAAAAAAGUGAAAGAUAGUGGAAAUAUGUCAACAGAUCCUGAUUCUCUGCAGAGGUUUGAUGUAUUUGGAAGUGUCCUGGGGCUCAACAGGCUGUCCUCUGGCAGGGCAUACUGGGAGGUGGAGGUCAGGAAUAAGCCCGGGUGGGAUCUGGGUGUGGCGAGACGAGACGCAAACCGCAAGGGGAAACUCUCAAUCAAUCCUGACAAUGGUUACUGGGUUGUUGUACAUUAUGAAGACCAGAAAUAUGCAGCCCUGACAACACCACCAGUGAGCCUUUCACCUAAAAGGAAACCUCAGAAAGUCGGGGUGUUUGUAGAUUACGAGGAAGGUCUCGUGUCCUUUUACAAUGUGACGUCUCGUUCUCACAUCUACUCAUUUACUGAGUGUUCGUUCGGUGGUGAGAUCCUUCCAUACUUCAGUCCACAUCUGAAACAAAAUGAGAAAAACAGCAAUCCUUUGAUUAUCUCUACUGUGCAAAAGCAGUAGUAAUCACAAGCACUGGAUCUGGUGCAGUGAAUGCAUCACUGGUAAGCAAUAUAUGUGUCCAGGUGUGCAGUAACAGUUUGAUGUUUUUUCUGUGUUUAAACAGAGUUUUCUUACCUCUCUACCAGGCAUUUGCUUGCCCAAUUUUCAACAUUAUUCAUUAUAACAUGCAUUGAUGAAGAUCUCCUGACUCAGGUUUUUAUAUACUAUAUUUUCUCACUUUUAUUUUCAUUUCUAAAAUUAAAAACUAAGUCUUACAUACAGCAGUGCAAAUGUAUGAAUUUACAGAAACAAUUGUUAACAUGUGUGUUGAAACACCUUUUGCAAAAGACAGAAAUGACAAAAUCUUUUCUAAAGAUAAAGCUGUUAAAACACUUUAGACACUAUUCCUGUUUCUUUAAGAAAAAACAUUAGGACAUAUUAUGAUCAAAUGAUG